UGGUGGACGUGUAUGCUGUGUUUUCAUGUUUUGCUUGUGUUGUGUGUUGAAGUGGUACCAUUUCAAUGUGUUGAAACGUUUGCGUAGCGCUUUCCUGUGCUUGGUCCAGAUGAUCAAUAUUCUAAAAACAGUUCUAGUAUUUUGUGAAACUGAAACUAGUCGCCUUCUGUGAAGAAUGGCCGCCUACGUCAUAACAAAUACAUCGUUGACAGGAUACUUGUGGAAUCGAACUCAUGAGUAUUCGAAUACUGCCGUGUGGAAAUGAAUAUUUUCCUUACAGGCUAUAUGGAUUUGUUCUUGUUUUAAUGGGGGUAAAAAAACACCCCAAAACCUGUUAGUUCGUUGAAGUGUGAGAGAGUAGUUACUUUAUGUGUGAGUUGAAAAAAAUAAAGGGAAUUUUUCUUUUUUUUUAAGGGGAAGGGGGUAGUAUAAAUUAAGAAGUUACUAGGGGAAAAGUAGAACGUUUCUCGUUCAAUAGUUGAGUACUCGAGUAUUUAAACAAAGUGAAGUACCGGUACAGUACGUUGUCGACGGGCCUGUCUACAUUUCUAGAAAGUUGAAGUAGAAAGGAGGGAGUUCUGUUCAGUGUUGUAGUUGUAGGCCACUUGUCGGCUCUUCCCUGUCUGCAUCCUGGCCCUUCGUCUGUUGAAACGUUUUAGUAUUUAGAGAACGACACAGCGUGGCAGUUGCAGAUUUAUCAUCAGUGCAGUGUUUGUGGAGAUAAUUCUCUCUGUCGGCUGUCAAUUGUUUUGUUGACUUACUACAGACAUUCAACUUUCAAGCAUUAAUAGAUGAGCUGUCAAGUCUUUUACGAACAGCAAAGAAAGAGAAAACCAGUGUCAAUGCUGGCAAGGGUGACAGUUCAGCAUCUUCAGGGACUCUAAGUGCUGACAGUGAAUGGUUAGCAGGAACCAACGCAUUUGUCACUGCCAAGAGAAAAGAAACUUCUCAUAAAAAGAUGCCGAAAAAGAAGAGAGGAAAUGGGAGCUCUGCUCAAACAGCUAGUGCUGCCUCAGCCUCCAGCAGAGGUCAGGCAAAUGCUGAACAGGCAAAGAAGCGGGAUCCCCCAGAAGAUUCGGACCAAGACUCGGACCCAGACAGUGAUGGGGCUAAUGACAAAGAGUUUGCAGCGAGGAUGAGCCACAUUCAGCAGAAUAAAAGGGUUACUCCUCCACCGACCAGCAAGAAAGAACCGGCUGUGCGGCCGUUCUCUCCUAUGAACGGGAAUGGGAAGAAGGAAGCCAAGCCAAUGAGGAAAAAUGCAUUUGGUGGUAGCACGAGCAUGGGGCUGGAUGAAUUUUCACUUGUAGGCACAUCUCGGCCAAAGCAGUCAGUGAGCCCAGGUCUGAAGCCAUCUACAAACAUUGUUUGGCCUCUCAGUGAUAAGUACGACUUUUGUCUGGCUUGUCAAACUUGCUUUGUCAAGGAAAGUGAAGGAAAAGGAGGCUACAGGUACAGAGAAUGGUUGUCACACCCGUGUAGACACGAUGUGCUCCUGGUGAGAUCCAAGGACAACUCAAACCAAAACUGGCUCAAAGUCCGCCCCAGAAUAGUGCACGAAGGGAUGCCCAAUGUAAUCAAGUACAAAAUGUGCCUGCAGUUCCAGCAGAAUUUGCCAUGUCGCAUCGGGGAGGCCAAUUGCACGUUUGCCCACAACCAUGUCGAGGUUUUGCUGUGGGGAAAAGACAGGAACGCAGAGUUCAGCAUCAGUGGUUUUCUCAGGGAAGCGAAAAAAGAAGGCAUUUUCACAUCCCAGAUUUUGGAGCAGAGAGGAGGCUCCAAAGGGAAAACCACAGGCCAAACCACCUACAUUCCUGGUCUGCAUGUUCCUGAAUCUCAAAAAGGUUCAAGCAAGCCACCUGCCACAUCGGCAGUCCGUUCUUUGAAGACGACUGUCCCACUUCCUGCAGCCACUCAGCACAAUCCCAGGACGUUUCACAACUCCCAGUUCCAUAUGGCGCACCCGCCACCCCAGCCUGCACGGCCUCAAGUACCACCGGCUGCUUCUCCCUCUGCCUCGUUUUCUUUCGCCCAAAGUUUUCAACGCAGCCCCCUCAUUGACCUUAGUCAACCGCCUCCAGCGUCCACCAGACAGAACAACACCCAUAUCAACAUUCCCAACCCUCUUCCUGGCUUCCAGUUUAAACUCUGCUGCCAGACGUGCCUUCACCUGAUGCGCGGUGGAGAGUGGAAAUAUGAGUACUCAGCAGUAAAACACGACUGUGGUCAGUUCUGGCUGGCUUUCCAUGCUCCUGAUCAGUACAAUAACAACUUGUGGCUGAGAGUCCGAGAACGGCUCUCUCACCGAAACUUUCAAGGAAACUAUAUUCUUUGCCAUAGUGCUUUUCAUGGGGACAUAAACUUGUGUACUAGGAAAGAGGGCUGCAGCUUUGCCCACAACAAACUGGAGCAGAAGAUUUGGAAACUAGAACAGCAGGGUAAAUUUGACAUUGGAGCUUUUAUCAUGGCCAACCGCCAGGCCCAACCGGCUGCUCCAGGCUCCUCAGCCAUGGCGAAUCAUGUGGAAUUCUUGCUAGACAAGUUCGGCGGCUACUUCAGGUUUAUCUGUAGGCACUGCUUUUUCUCCCCCAGACCGAGAAUCAACAGUAAAGCUGCUGCUGGCAAUUUCUGCACUGGCUCUGAGAGACAUCCGUGGGAGCAAUGCAAGAUCAUUGCCCACAUGUUGGAUAUGACUUGCACACCCAUUGACGAAAGGAAAAUCCUCCAUGACACUGCCUUCUAUCUGCGUUGCCAAAAUCUACACUUUUGUCAGCGCUGGGUGGUCAAUCAGUGCCGUUUUGCCCACAGUGAGGUGGAGAGGCUUGUGUGGAUGGUGGAACGUGACACAAAGAUCAGUCGGGAUCUGCUAGUCAAACUGAGCAUUGAGAUCUUCCAGAGGAAGCAUGGCAUGUCCAAAGGCUCUGCUGCCGACAAGCAGGCUGGGAACGCAGCUGGUCCGACCCCCACCCAAAGUCACUCUGGAGCUGGCAGCACGAGCACAUCCACCCCUGGGUAUUACGCGGCAGCUGCUCCCGAACCAUCUCCGGUACCCUCGGUCAACUUGUCCCAGUUGUGCCGCACCUGUUGGGGCACAGGACAGAGGUGUUGUGAGGAUGCAGACAAAGACAGAUGUGUCAAAGGCCACAGCAAUUUUAAAGUGAACAGCGUUUUUGUGGCUUUGCCGUCAGGCAAGGAGAUUCGCAGUCUUCCGUCAGGUCGUUUAAAUCCAAAUAUGAAAUUGGUGCUGUGUGACUUUCGGGCAAAUUGCAAGCGGCCAGUCUGUACACACCCUCAUAAUCAGGAGGAGUCGGACGUAUGGACCUGGAUGUUGAAAAAUAAUGUCAGGCAGCUGCAAGAGGUCUGCAAGAGAAUCAAGGAUCAUCAGAAGUCCAAGACGCGCAAGAUCACAGUAGGAGAGUCUGUAGUGAGCAUGGGAAGUGGACCGAAGUUCCCCAGCUCUCGACCAAAUGAGGCCAAGACGUUGAACCAGAUUGUGGCCCCGGGUGACUUGUUCAUCAAUGAGCAUUACUGCCACUACUGUGGCACCAGCUUCAACAGCCUGCGGCAGUGGGACGACCACUGCAUGACGGAGAAACAUAUCAACAAUGUCAACUCUGACAAGGAGCACCAGUGGAACUACCGCCAACCGCCUUGGGGGCAAGGCAACAGUCUGGCCCUCUGUGCCCAGCAUCUGUAUGACAAGUCCUGUCGCUACUCGUAUGUGCCAGACAUGUACAACCUGUGCAAGUACGCGCACAGCCAGAUGGAGCUAGAUGAGUGGCGCGAGCGUCAUGAGUGGCGCCAGAUGAAGCGCACGGUAGCCAAGGAGCGACACAUGUUCUCCUACACCGAGGCCCUGCUGGAGGAGUACUACAAGAAGGACAGCAGUGUCAGUGUGAUUUCUGACUAUGUUCGUGGUGUGGACGUGCAAUGCCAAGAGGAGCAAGUGCUUUACAAGAGUGAGAAAAAUGCCACCUUCACAUGGCUUUUUGAAGUGCAAGUAGAGGAUGAGAAAGAACUGGAGCGAGUGGCCCUGCUCUACAACAAAGACCGCCUUCAUUUUGUCCUCAAGUGCCCAGACGGCUCUCAUCACCAGGUGGCUGGGGGAGAUUUGUUCCUGGAGGUGCGCGGGGGAGCAGCUGUCUACAAGAUUGAAGUACAUUUCACAGCUGGCAUGUUUGGAUCCUUCAGUCAGUGGGUUGUCUUUGACUUUGGGCAACGACCUGUUUUGGUCAGAAAGUUGGCAGUGGAGAUUGGAGAUCAACUGCAGCAUGAGAAGGUGAAAGAGCUGAGGGAAAAUUUGUCAGCUGACCGGUGGACCAGCCAGAACCGUGAGAUUGUGCGUGCGCCCAAGAGGGAAGAAGACAAGCUGACGUUGGAGCUGCUGCUCAAGUACAAGGAGCCGGCCCACUCGGAAGCCGUGGUCACACUGAACAGCAUGACGGAUCUCAACCAGCACAACUACAUACACAAGAUGCACAAACUUCUGGAACUGGAGGAGAUCACACGUCAUGGCAUGAUCGCCAGUUACAACCUGAUCACCAAUGUUGUAUGUACUCAAACCUUUGACGAGCCGGGCAUCUUCCUCAUUGCCCAAAAUGGCGACCUCUUCAUGAAAGUGAAGCUCUCAGAGUACCUGACGGAAGACACACUGGCGGGCAAGCUGGUGCUGUCCAGCGUCAGCUCAGUGCUGUUUGCCCCGUCAAACUCACACUCACAGCUGGUGUAUGAGGCAGUUGUUAUGAAAGACUCUGACUACAACUAUGACGGCCGGGGAAAGGAUUAUAUCUAUGUGGUGGUCUCGGGUGCUAUGGCCAAACAGCUGGGGCUCUCUCACAGCCAGCAGGUGGAGAUUGAGCUGCAGUUCCAGAUGGACCGCAAGUUCUUCUGCCGGAUGCACUAUGCCAUUGAUUGUUUGACCAGCACAGAUGUCGUCUUCCCGGAUGUUAUGAAGUUCAAACCCAACACUGACCAAGUCACCUCCAUGAAAGUGAAGUCUGAUGUCCUGAACGAGGACCAAAUGACGGCCGUAAGACACAUCGUGCUGGCCCCAGAGGGCCACAAUCCCCCCUUCAUCAUGUACGGCCCGUUCGGCACAGGAAAGACAGAGACACUGGCACAGGCCACCAUGGCUGUGCUCAAGCACAAGCCAGACUCGCACAUCCUGAUCUGUACACAGAGCAACAGUGCUGCUGAUCUGUACAUCACCAAGCACUUCGCGACUUUCUUCAAGAAGAACGGGAACCUCAGGAUGCUCCGACUGAUGGCGGAGGAGCGCAGAAAGGAAACAGUUCCCGAAGUCGUGAUAGACUUCUGCUGCCUCUCGAGAGAAGGCCGGUUUGUUAUCCCAGCCAGGGAUUUGAUCACACAGUGUCAGCUGGUGCUGGUCACUGUGGAGAACUCCAUGCAGCUCACCCGCCUACAGCUCUAUGACUUUUUCUCACACAUCUUCAUUGAUGAGGCUGGACAGACGUUAGAGUGUGAGACUCUGAUGCCCUUGACCUUGGCCUCAACGAAGACAUGUGUGGUGAUGACUGGCGAUCACAACCAGAUCGGGCCCAUCGUGUAUUCUCAGGAGGCUCGCAAGCAGAAGUUUGAUGUCUCCAUCCUGGUCCGACUCUACAAUUACUACGAGCAGAUCACCAACUGUGGCAUCUCACAGGUUACAGAGAGGUCGAAGCAAUCCCCGCUAAACAUCCUCCUAAGCAUCAACUACCGCACCAAACCUGAGAUCCUGAGGUUCAUUUCCAGCGUCUUCUAUGGAGGGCCCGAAAACCUCAAAGCCUACGGAAAGAUUCCAUCUGUGGUUCACAUCACACCUCUUAUGUUCUUCGCUGUGCAGGGGCGAGAGAUGCAGAGUGAGACCAGCACAUCGUAUGUGAACAGUGCUGAAGCCCAGGAGGUGGUUGAACAGCUUCAGAGGCUAAUUGACCAGUGGCCGGAGGAGUGGGGCCGGGACUCGCCGGAAGUCGCUGCCAGUCAGGUGGCUGUCAUCGCAACCUACCAGGACCAGGUCUCGUACAUCCGGCAAUCCUUGAGACGUGUGAGAGAGAAGCCCUACCUUAAAAAAGUUUAUGUCGGCUCCAUUCACGGCAUCCAAGGUCAAGAGUAUCGUGCAAUCUUUCUGUCGACGGUACGCAGCACAAAUCUGCUGCAGGAAGACCACUUGGUUAGAGCGCUGGAAACUGGUGAGGACAUUGGUGACCUGGGCUUCCUGUCCAACCCCAAGCUGAUCAACACAGCGUUGACGCGCGCACAGUCAUUUGUGGCGGUGGUCGGGGAUCCUGUGGCGCUGUGCCUCAUUGGGGAAUGUAUACAGGAGUGGCGGACCUUCAUCAAGCACUGCUCCAACAUGGGGAGCAUGCGGCCGCAGAAUGUCAAUUACGAGUUUGUCCGCAACCAGGUGAUACAGAUCCAGAUCAGCCCAGCUGGGAAAAUUAUAGAGCUCAUCGGCAAGCGCAGUCAAGAAAACUUCAAACAGAUUAUUCGAAGGAAGAAACGCCAAGUUCCUGCAGAGCAGAGUGAGAACGCUGUAGGUGAGACCGUGUCUUCUGGUGAGAAAGAGAACAUGCCUUCAGAACGUGCAGAGACCAACCAUAAGGUGGCGCCACCCACUGCUCAACCUGUGUCUGAUCCGCAUCUGUUCAGUGUCAAGUCGAGUGUGCUGGCCAAGAGCCGUGUGGUGGGCGUAGCGAGACAGUUCAGCCGUGACGACCUGGCUCUCAGCUCCAGUGUUGCCAGUGAGGAUGUCAUCCUCCACCUGGCAAAGGAAGCAGCCAAGACUGAUGUGGGGCUUAGACUGGAGAGUGUGCACAUCGAGCUGAAGGAUGGGUUUGCUGUUCUUCAGUACGACACCUCUGACCAGCCAAAGGUUCCCUUCAGAUUAACUCCUGAGAGUGAAGACUUCAUGGCUUUCCUGAUUGAGAACAAGGACCAAGGCAUGACACAGCAGUUUGAGAAUUAUGGCCCUGCGGCGCUGAAGGAAGCCCUCUGUGCCGAGAACCCACAGUUCCUACGAUGCUCUCUGCUCUUUUCCAAUGGAGGCUGGUAUGCCACUGUCCUCCCGCCACUUCCAGACCUCUCCAUCCCUGCUGGCUUCAGUGUUGGUGCUGACAUCGAGAUACCAGGCCCGUUGUACUGUGGACAUGCCUUUGUUGGUGACAUUGUCUUAGUGGCGCUGAUUGGUCAGUCAGAAAGGGGGAAGCCACUGGGACAGGUGAAGGGAAUCUUUCAGAGGUCGCUGGACCCCAAAGGGCGGCUGUUUGUGUGUACAGCCAAUGCAGAGGACUGCAGAGUGCUGUCCCCUGUAAAUCCAGACAUUCCACCAAUAUACUGCCUCACGUCUGCUCCACGACUGAAGCUGGUGCGUCGAGGCAACAUGAGUGUGUACAAAUUUGUCUCCCCUGGCAGUGUUGAGUUUAGCCAUUACGAACAUGUUCAGGAAGGUGAGCAGACCAGGCAGAUGUUUGUAGUGAGGUACCUUACGUGGGAACCCACUGCCAAGCUGCCCUUUGGAAUUGUUGUUGGUGUUCUGGAGACAGAUGACACCCUAGACAAAGGAAUGCAGGUGCUGGAGGCAGAGUACAAUGUGCACAGGACGCUGGGACCCGCAGUGCUGGAGGAAGCUGACAGGCUCUUCCCCACGGAUUACUCGGUCCCAGAACACAUGUUUCAAGGUCGUGUGGACUUAACCUCGCUGUUCAGUUUCUCAGUGGGAGCAGAGUCCUCGGAGGAAGUGGAGAUGGCUGUCAGCGUCACGGAAGUGGAGGAUGUGUACCAGAUUGGUCUGCAUGUGUCCGAUGUUGUGGCGUUUGUGGACAAAGGGUCCCUCCUUGACCAGCAGUGUGCACAUCGUGGCGCUACCUUCCUGCCGCUGGGGAAAGAACCCCAGCACAUGUUCCCACCGCAGGUGUGCACGGACAUCUGCAGUCUCAAGCCGGACUUUGACCGGCUGGCAGUUUCAGUGACCAUCCAGGUGGACAGAGACGGGAAUGUACUGGGGAUGCCCGAUGUGUUCCGCAGUGUGAUCAACAGCAAGCAGCACUUCUCCCACACCAAGGUGCAGGAGAUUCUGCUGAAUCCGUUUGAAGCGGAGACGAGCUACUUGAACAGCUGUAUCCUGGUCCUGUACCAGCUAACCUACGUGUGGCGUUCUCAGCGGCUGGGCAAUGGUCACUUCUGUCACAACCUCAGGGCAGCCGAACAGCUGGCUCAGCACUCCCACCUGAUGAUGGAUGAGAUGAAGAUCAAGUUCAACAGCAUUGUUGCUGAUGUGCUGCUCUCUGUGUUUGAGGAUUCAACCCCACUCCUGGUGCACAGCGGGCCUAUGAGCUGUAAGCUCGACAGCUGGCGGAUAGAGAAUGCUUAUCAUGCACUUAGCAGUGUGUCAAUGGCUCGGGCGUUUAGAGAAGGCGAGGUGUGCCGCUGUACUAAGAUGUGCACGUGUGUGUUUGGCUACAUGCGACAAAACCGUCUGUUGAACAGUCUUCAGAAGAGCACGGACAGCGUCGCUUUCCUUAAAGAUGCCUGGAAUUUUGUGAGUCAGGCAGUCAGUGAGGACAUCUCUGAUUUUGAGUUGGCUCAAGAUUUAAUCUGCAGUGAUAACAACAAGCCAACAGUUGCCGUGGCAGCACAGAAACUGGAAGCCAUCCAGCAGCCUGAGCUGUUCCUCAGCUCCCACCAGGUGGCGCCCUCAGACAGGAAACACUACCGACUGGGUGUUGAUGCAUACACCCAGUUCACUUGUCCCUUGCACCGCUUUAUCAGUGUUGUGGUUCAGAGGAUGCUGGUUGCAUACAUUGAGGGAUCUGGCACUCCAUACACAUCGGAUGAGAUAGAGUCAAUCUGCUGGCAAGCAACAGGCGUGGAGCGACAGGUGGCCAAGUUCGAUCGAGAGGUGUACCAGCUCCACCUGAGCUCGGCACUAGAGGUCCACCCUAUCCCGGUCAGUUGCCAGGUACAGAGCCUGGACGGCUGCUCUGCCCAGCUCAGCUUCUCUGGGCUGGAUGCUGUGAGGGACCGGCACAGCGACUUACAGAUCCGUGACCUGGCUCCUGGAAAGGUUACGGUUGCGGCAUCAGAGGAGACAACAGGCCUUAUGUGGGAGAAGAGGGUUUACAGUAGUGUUGAUCUGCUGAAUUCACGGGCAUCAUCUGGUACGGUGGAGCUGACCACUAACCGGCUGAUGUACAACAUCCCUACCCUCCUGUGGCAAAAACUGCUGGGAGCCACCAGGGAGAGAAAUGAAGAAGCAAUCGCCACUCUUGUGCAAGAAAUCUCCAACCAGAUUCAAGUGAGUGAAGAUGUUUCCAGUGGCAGCCAUAUGGAGGUGGCCAGUGGUUUCAGCAAGGACGGUCAGAUGCGUCACUACGUGCCGUUCACUUUGACUCUGCACGAGGGACAGCCUCUGACGGUGCAGCUGUCUGCGGAGGUGAGGGAAGGUCUGGUGAGGCCGAGCAUUCAGCUGUUGAACAUCACCCCGAGCCUAGAUCUGUGCCUGGAGCACCAGCGAGACGCCGUUAAAUGUUUUGUGGGUACUGCCACGCAGGAUGCGCCACAGGCCUGUGCCUCGGAGGAUACCUUGCAAGUUGUCUUUCCUUUGCUGCGAGGUCUGGCAGAGGAAUGUGCUCGGGAAGCGGUGGCUAGUGGGGAGCGGAUCACUGUGCGUUCGGUGCAGAUUACCUGGAAGGCAGAGACUUCUCCCCAUUAUGGUUCUUCUGUGGUGUACGGAGAGUUCAUUCUCUCUAAAGAGUUCUGUCGUGUCAGCUCGUUCCAGCCAGAUCUUGGAGCUAAAGCAGCCUCGGAGCUUUUAGGCAACGACAACGUUUUCUCUGAUGACCUGAGCUACAGCCUGGACUUCAUGUGUGUGCGUUACGCAGACAUUGAGGUCCCAGAUGAGCCAGUCCUGGAGGAGUCUGUAGCCGCAGUGGUCAACACAGGUCAUCCCAUCACCUGGGUGGGUCACUGUCGUGUGCUGAAGGUCACUAAGUUUGCUAAUGGCUUUGUAGUCAAGGUGGCACUGGUCCAGUCAAGCAUGAGGAUGCCAGCAGCGUUGCUCUCAGACAACGGCAUUGCGGUGCCCAGCACCAUUGAGUGGAUUAGGAAGACUGGUGAACACAGGCUGAUGGACAUUUGUGUUCGAAGUCUUCAUCUGGCUUCAACUUUUGCCAAGGAAGUGUUCACUGGAAAGAAGCCAACCAAUUCAAUUGACCCAAUCCCACAAGAUGGCUCCGUGCUCAAAUCGCGUUUGGCAGAAGAGCAGGAAGAGAUGAUCUCCACUGCCUUCCAGCAACCCUUGACUGUGGUCAGCGGAGGCCCAGGUACUGGCAAGUCGCUCUGUGCUGCCAGAUUGGCUUACUUGCUGGUCCAGAGGAACAGGACAGGGGACGAAGUGCGCCAGAAGAGACAAAAUGGCGGCCGCACACAGCUCAUGAUCUGCGGGGCCUCAGAGCGGUCCCUGGAUGUUAUUACAGGCCUCCUCAAAGCGCUCAACUUACUGCGGAUCAGCAUUGUGCGUGUGUACAGUGAGGAAGUGGAGGAACGUGACUUCCCCACCAGCACAACCAUCAGUCCAGGAGAGUUUUCUCGCAGCCAGUCAACGUGUGCGGUGCAAAAGGAUGUGGCCUUGCAUCACCUCAUUAGGAGACCAGAGAACCCAGAGAACCAGGCUAUUCUGGAACAAGAAAUGAUUCUUUCUAUGUCAGCCGGCAGUCCGGAGCCACAGUUCAUGAAAGACUUUCAGGCGUGUCUUGACCGCGCUCAGCUGCACGAGCUGCGUAAAGCACAGGUCAUCCUGUGUACCUGUGCCACCAGUGCCCGACCCAUCCUCCGCCAGGCCACGUGUGUCAAGCAGAUCAUCAUGGAUGAUGCUGGCCUUAUUCAGGAGAGCCUAGCCAUGGUUCCGCUGGUGUCACAUCCACUCGUCAAUCAGUUGCUGGUUCUGGGAGAUACACAGAUGCCCUCGCUGGUCAGUCAGUUCCCCGGGCGACAUAGCGGGUCAAGGUCACUGCUGGCUCGCUUUGCUGACCGGGCUGUGAAACUGACUGAACAGUUUAGAACUGUGACAGGUCUGUGUAGCUUCCCCUCUCGACAGUUCUACAACGGGGUUCUCACCACAAGCAGCUCCAUACUCAGCCCGCCCCCUGCCCCAUCUAUCCCCUGGCCCGGAAAGGUGGGCUUCCCGUCCGUCUUCUGCCACAUAGAGGGUGCUGAGGAGUUCACAGACAGCUCCUCUAGGGAUCAGGACAACGUUUGGAACCAGAAAGAGGCAGACUUUGUGAAUGGGCUGGUGACGGCCCUGACUCGCUGUCAUGGGGUCAAGGACACAUCCAUCCAGGUCCUGACGAUGACACGAGCCCAGGCGGAGAAGGUCAAGCAGUCGGUGGCACCAAGGAUAGAGGUCAACACUGUGCUAGAUGCCAUGGGUCGUGAGAGUGAGUACGUGAUCCUGUCCUGUGUGAGGUCUCUGGACAGUCGAAAGCUGCACCGGCCAGAGACUAGGCGCUGGGUCAAGCAUCAUCUGGGCCGGGUGGCUGACCCCAGCGUUGUCAACCUUGCCUUGACUCGGGCGAAGACGGCCUUGUUCAUCAUCGGGAACCGCCACUUGCUGGGAACCAGUGAGAUGUGGUCAGUGCUGCUGAACACCUACAGAGAGAAGCACAGCCUAGAGGAGGAGGCCAAUGCUUUCCUCAUCACGAUGAACAACAGAUAAAUCCCAGUGUUAUCUGCCCUGUUUGCCCACUCAGCCUUACGUCCACUAUGGGUCCUCUGUGCAUUACUCUUUGUGUAUCAACGUAUCUUUUAUCUUUUGAGAAUAUUUUUAAACAACUUUAUGUUCCUGUAUUUUAAGUGAUGUUCGUCUGUAGUGUCUCGGUAAGGCUCUUCAUUAUGUUCGCAUAAGAUGUGGGUUGGUGGAAUCUCGUCUUGGAGAAGAUUUUAUUGAGUCACUUGUGUCUUCCUGCUUCAUAGAUGGGGGCAUAUAACAUUAUUGUCAGAUUUCUUUUAUAGUCUCAUAGUCCUAGACUUUUUUUGUUGACACAAAAGAAAGAAUCUUUAUAGUCAAGCUUAUUUUGUAUUCUUGUAGGCCUAUACUGGUAGGUUACUUUUUAAUGUUGGCAGAUAAAAAAAAAAACAUUUUCUGUCAAAUGUAUUUGAUAUCCAUGUAAGCCUGUGCUUUUUUAUGUUGGCAAAUAAGAAGAGAUACCUUAAAAAGUUUGGUUUUGGUUUAAAAUGGUUUGCUUUACACUAAUGAUGCAAUAUUUUCCAGUGACUGGAGUGAAAUAGGUCAUUUCCUUGUUUUUGUAGUCACCCUGACUGGUCUGAACAGAGUCCAGAAGUAAGACAUGUAGGAUUUGUCCCCAUGGGAUGCUGUCAAUUGCAGCAAUUGUUGCCAUGUUUUAGAUUUUUUUACCAAAUGCCCUUGCCAUCUCAACAGGAAUACAGUCUGACAUGAAUGUAACGCUGGUUUCCGUUUUAAAUUGUUCCAUUUGUUUUAUCUUGUUUUUCUUGGUAUGCCUGUGUUAAGAUUUGAGAUUUUAAAGCUGACAUUUUUUUGUGUACAGUUGAUGUAACUUUUACUUCACUUCUGUUUGUAGACCAGAGUUUUAAACCAUUCAGAUGAGCCAUACACUUGUUCUAUGCAUUGCCUAAGGGCAUGUUCGUCUACAAAAACAGUUCUGGGGGACAUAUUGGUCUAACCAGGGUAAAGUAGAAUAUGUAAGUUUUGUACCCAUAGGAUGCUGUCGAAUGCAGCAAUUGUUGCCAUGCUUUUGAUUCUUAACGAAAUGCCUUUGCCAGCUCAUCAGGAGUACAGUCUGACAUGAACAUAAAGCUGCUUUCUGUUUAACCUGUUGUUUCGUUUGUUUUACCAUGUCUUUCAUGGUGUGCCUGUGUUAAGACUUAAGAUUUUAAUUAAAGCCUACAUUUCUUGCGUACAGUUGGUGCAACUUUUACUUCACUACUAUUUGUAGACCUUAAACAGAAUUUUAAACUCACUUGAGAAUGGGGUAUUUUCAGAAACACAUGCACAUGGGCCUGGGCAUUUUAUGAGAUUUUUGCUUUAGUUCAAAAGAGUUUAACCACCAACACCAUGUGCAUCAUAUUUACACUACAGCAACACCAGAAGUAGCACAAUUCAAAGCAACAAAAAUGAGAAAAAAAAUAUGUUAGGGCCUACAGCUUUUAUUUGAAGAACUUUAAAAAAAUUAGAAAAUUUUAAGCACACAUUUUUUUAGGAGCACUUGCCCAAACAGAGGCGUAGUAAAUACAGAAACAAAUGUUUGAUUUGAGUGUAAUUGAAAACAAAACCAAGUACGUAUCCUACAAGUUUUCUGAAGCAGAGACUUUGUUCAUUUUUGAGUGAAAUCACAAACUAUACAGCAAUGCACAGCCUUUGCACAUUCCGUCUUGCCAGACUCACAUGCACCAGAUCUAAUUUUCUCAGACCUUAUUUAGCUGCAAAUUGCCUCUUAAAGCUACUCAGUCCAUGCUCUUGUUCUAUGGGAUCAGGAACCAAGGGUAUCUUUCUCCUUUUCGUUUCUUUGUUUGUUUGGGGUUUUUUCAUGUUUGUUUAUGUAAUAUGUCUAGCCCUACUAUAUGACCAACUCUAUUGCAAAGUGUCGAUGCCCCUUGGCGAUUACCAAUAUUCGUGCUUGGUCCCGGCUAAUUCACUCCUGCUGGUAUGGGGAAAAGAUUCAAGCUGAGUGGUUGGCGGGUGCUCUGGUGUGGUUUGCUUCUUCUUUCCUAUCAAACAUCUAUCAUCCUUAUCUCUCCUCCUUUUUUUUGUUUGUUACUCUCUUGUAACACUUCUAAUCUUUGGCACUUACAUGACCUUAUUGUGUUGCAAGUGCCGUAAAACACUUACUAAAACACACAAAAGACUUAAAUGAAUUAGUUUAACCAAUUAGAUGAGCCCCAAGCCUUUUCUGUGCAUUUCUUAAGGGCAUGUGCAGUUACAAAAUCAAGACAAUUGUUCAUCAGUAAUAUACUCUAGACAAAGUUUUAUCAUAUCUUGUCUUGUAGUGUAUAUCUCUGCGAUGUUUCAACUUAUUUGAUAAGAAACUUUUAAAAAGCUUGAGGCAAAAAAUUAAUGUAAUUUAAUAAUAUCCAUAAUGACUGUCUUUUUUUUAUUUCUGAAAUUU